AUGUUCAAAAUGAUGGAGAACUACUCCAGUCGGUUGGAAGAUCAGGUGCGGACUCGAACGGAGGAACUGGAGAAAGAGAAGAGGAAGAAAGAAAUUCUCAUUUGUCGCAUGCUGCCUCCAGUUGUUGCAGAAGCGUUGAAGGCAGGUGUUGCAGUAGCACCUGAGACCUACGAUGAGGUGUCAAUCUACAUUAGCGAUAUUGUUGGAUUUACGACCAUCUCUGCAAUGUCCACACCAUUACAGGUUGUUGAUCUUCUUAAUGACCUGUACACACUGUUUGACAAGACGAUUGCUAACUACGACGUCUACAAGGUAGAAACGAUAGGAGAUGCAUAUUUGGUGGCUUCAGGACUGCCAGUCCGUAAUGGGCGACGCCACGCGGGUGAGGUAGCCAUGAUGGCUCUCGACCUGCUUAGUGCUUGUGGGACUUUCACCAUUAAGCACUUACCGAAGGUGCCCUUGAGGUUACGCAUCGGUCUGCAUAGCGGACCUUGUGUUGCUGGUGUCGUGGGACUUACUAUGCCACGUUACUGUCUUUUUGGCGAUACCGUUAUCCGAGCACUACAAUUGGAGUCAUCUGGAGCCGGUUAG